CGACGGGUUCGGGUUUUAAUAUCGACGAUGACGUGUCUCACUUCAUCUCCCUCCUUUCAUUGCGUACCAAAACAAAACAUUCACUUCUCGCAUCACAUUCCAUUCGGAUCAAAGAGAGUGGAAGCGAUCGAGAGAGUUAAACGACGCCAAAACUCUCUUUUCCUUUCACUUUCUUCUUUCCCUUUCAUCUUAAUUACAAUCACUCUCGAAAUGCUACGUUUCUCUAUUAGGGUUGUGUGUUUGUAGGAGGGGAUAUGAUCGGAAAUAUGAAUAACGCGAGUGGUGAAAUGGAUCAGGUGUUUAGUGAUUCUUCUCUUCCGUCAUCUAAUCCUCAGCCUCAGCCUGCAAAUUUACAACAUCUUUCUUCUCGCAAUAAGGUUUUCAAGAGUGGUCCACUUUUCAUAUCUUCCAAAGGAAUUGGAUGGACAUCCUGGAAGAAAAGGUGGUUUAUUUUGACACAAACUUCACUUGUUUUCUUCAGAAGUGAUCCGAAUGUUGUUUCUCAGAAGGGAAAUGAAGUGAACUUGACCCUUGGUGGCAUUGACCUUAACAAUUCAGGCAGUGUUUCUAUCAAAGAAGAUAAGAAACUUUUAACUGUACAAUUUCCUGAUGUUCGUGAUGGACGAGUAUUCACGCUUAAGGCUGAAACUACUGAAGAUUUAUAUGAAUGGAAAACUGCACUUGAGAAUGUUUUGGCACACGCACCAAGUGCUACUAAUGUGACGGGGCAAAGUGGUAUCUUAAGAAGUGGACAGGCUGACUCACUCGAUAUUUAUUUGGACCAGUUGAAGGAUAAAGAUACAGUAAAAUAUGAAGUCCUUGGUAGGCCAAUUUUACUUGCUUUGGAGGAAGUUGACGGAACUCCGUCUUUUUUGGAAAAAGCCCUGAGGUUCAUAGAAGAGCAUGGAGCCAAAGUAGAAGGGAUUUUGCGUCAAGCAGCUGAUGUUGAAGAUGUUGAAAAUCGAGUGCGAGAAUAUGAACAAGGAAAAAUUGAAUUUUCUGAGGAGGAGGAUGCACAUGUUGUUGCUGAUUGUGUUAAGCAUGUAAUUCGUGAACUGCGAUCUUUUCCAGUCCCAGCAUCUUGUUGCAAGGCAUUGUUAGAAGCAUCUCGAACUUCACGUGCGAAUAGGGUUUCUGCUAUGCGUGCAGCAAUAUGGGACACUUUUCCAGAACCAAACCGCCGUUUGUUGCAAAGAAUACUCUUGAUGAUGCAAGCAGUAGCUUCCCAAAAAGCUGAGAACAGAAUGAGCUCAUCGGCUGUGGCAGCGUGCAUGGCACCAUUACUUCUUCGCCCCCUUCUAAUUGGAGAUUGUGAGGUUGAAAAUGAUUUUGAUGUAGGUGGAGAUGAUUCCAUUCAACUUCUACAAGCAGCUGCUGCAGCUAACCAUGCUCAAGCAAUUGUUAUUACUUUAUUAGAAGAAUAUAACAGCAUAUUUGAGGAAGGUUCUUCAUCUCCCGGCCCUGAUAUGUACAUGGAUUCAGAAGAUGGUGAAUCUGAGAGUGAGGAAGCCACUGAUGAUGAUUUGUCCUAUGAUGAUUCUUAUGAUGAUGAACAAGACGAAUCAAUAGAAGGGUCGGAUGUAGAUGCAGAUGAUGAUGUUGUUAGUGAAACCAACAGCGAGACUGGAGACCCUGCAGUCAAUGAUGAAUAUGAUGAUAAGGACCAUAUUCUUUCAUAUUCAAGUUCAAAGUCCUCAGUGGUAAGCGAUUAUCUCGCAGUCGACCAAAGGUUGUCAACAAUUUCACCUGAAGUCUCAGUGCCUCUGUCUGAAGAUAUCGAAAGCUGUGAAGAUUUUGCAAGCCAAAAUAACAAUGCUUGUGCAGAUGAGUCCAGCAAGCCCUGUGAAAAUUUCACAAGCCAAAAUAAAACUGCUUCUGCAAAUGACUCCACCAAGGCCACUGAUAUAAUUGAAGGCUUAUCCCCUGACCAAACUACAAUGAAUAGAUUAAAUAGUCCUAGCUCUUCUUCAUGUAUGAACAAAUCUAUAACCAUGUCCGAUGGAACAAUGCAUCGGCGCCGCACUGUUUUGGGGCGAAAUUCUGGAAGCAAGAACCUUUCCAUGGAAUCCAUUGAUUUUCUUGACGAAAACGAAGCUGAAGUGGAGAGGCUCGAAGCUGUUAAGACAGAAUUGCAAAGCCAGAUUGCAGCGGAGGGAAAAGUAAAUGCAAAGCUGCAAUCUUAUGUGGAAACACGAAAGGAAGCCUUGCAAGAGCGCCGUCUGGUUCUUGAGCGAGACGUGGAUAAGUUACAGGAGCAGUUGCUAAAGGAGAAGAACUUCAGGGAAACUCUUGAAGCGGGACUUAAAUUUCUUCCAGGGACAUUAUCUGAAUUAUCUGGUAUUGAUGAACAGACCAAGACAGAUUUUGAGGAAUUAGUGACGAUAGAAACAGAUCUUGCCGACUUAGAAUUGAAGGUUAAUGAGCUUGGGGCACAACUUAGUGCACUACUUGAACGGACUUAUGGUUCCAUGGAGAAUUUCUGCGAUCAAACCCAAUUGAUAUCAGGCCAUGAAAGAAAUUUGAAGGGUAAGCCAGAUACAGAAGUUGCAGCCAUUUCAGAAUAUGAUAGAUCAAUAAGUAAGGACAAUCAUUUUAGUGGAUCAGAAAAUGAGAAUGAGAGAAAACCAGAGUCAGCACCUUUACCAAACAAACAUCUACCUAGUUCCAAGAAAUCUGGUGCAAGGGUUGAGCAGGGAACAAACUCCCCUACUUCUACAAUGACAAGACUGACAUCCAAACUAAACUUUUUGAAGGAUCGCCGUAGUCAGUUUUCAAAUGAACUCCAAAACAUGAAUAAAGGAAAAGGAUUCGAACUUCAGCUACCACCUCCAUCUCCAAACAAGUCUCGAGGAUUUGACUUUCACAUACAACUUCGAUCCCCAAGGUCUCGAGGAAACGAACGUCAUUCGCCACUUCUAUCCCCCAAUAAGUCUCGAGGAUGUGAUUUUUACAUACCUCUUAUAUCUCCUAGUAGGUCUCGAGGAUCUGAAAAUCAUUUUCCAUCAAUCUGUGAGAAAGUUAGAGGCAAUGAAGAUCAUUCACUUCAAUAUUCAGAGAAACCGAGAAAAUCAGAUAGCCAGCCAUAUCAUUCUCCAUCAAUCUGUGAGAAAGUUAGAGGCAAUGAAGAUCAUUCGCUUCGAUAUUCAGAGAAACCGAGAAAAUCAGAUAGCCAUUUAUAUCACUCAGAUAGUCAGAAUGAAUUUUCACAAUACUUAAAAAGAGGAAGGUCGGCAAGGCAUUAUCAGACUCAUAAUGUUGAUUAAGGUCAUUUAUCUUGUUGCACAGCAAAUUCCAGAUGAUAGGAAGCCACUGCAGUUGUUCAGCAUUAUUUUUGUCCAACCAGAGCAUUAUGCCUUCAAUGUUGUGUGGUUUGUGAAAUACAGAAACAAGGCCUAUAUUCAGAGAGGCAUUCAAUGUACCUAAAAUAUAGGAUGUAUAGGGCACAAGUUCAACCAUCCCCAUUACAUAAGCCAAAUAAUUUAAUACACAAUAUGCUGAUUUUUUCUGGCUCCUUGACGAAUAUGAUGGUUUUAUUAUUGCUUCACAACUGCAUUAAUAUGACUUCUGUGGUCUAAGCUGGCAUCUGCAGAUAAGUCUGAAAUCAUAGAGCACAUCGUGAAUGACAUGGUGUGUUCAUGUUAUCAGUUAAGGGGCUACUAUAGGAUCUCCAAUGGGUAUACAUGUAGCAAUAUGUGUUUUUACGACAUUUUAAAAAUAAUCAACCUACGAGUACAUCAAUAAAAAAUAGAAGUUUUAUUAUUAUUAUUAAA